GUUUCCACGUCGUCGGAUGGCUCGAGCCACUUCGACGCACACGUUGCUGGCACGUGUGAUGUACACUAGGCCUCACGCCCAGCGACCUGUCAGAGGGCCGAAGUCAACUUCCUGCUGCUAAUCAGCCGCGGCGGCAGUCGAAAUGCCGCGGUUGUCGAAACGAAGCGCAUCAGAUUUAGCAGAAAUGAGGGCCUGUGGUGACGAGGGCGACCCCAGCGAGCGCAGUGUCGUCCAGUUUGCCACCCGCAUGAUGUACAUAGGCGAGUCUGGAGUACAGUGGCCGAUAGUCGUGAUGCGCAUCGGCUGCCUGGAGACUUCAUGCUCUGUGACCUACUGCACCGAGGCCGACGAGUUCGAGGGCAUAAAGUACGAAGCCAUACACAAGACCAAGCUUGAAUUCGCGCCUGGAGAAUCGUUUAAGACGAUACACUUGCAGUUGCGCGAGAACGCCUCGUACGACAACGUGAUAGAGGCACAGCUUUUUCUGGACGACCCAGAACGUUGCACCCUUGGCAUGGAGUUGCAUAGGAUGCGUGUGAAGAUCAUUGACGACGACGUGUUCCCUGAUAACAAGUUCAAGGAACAACUUGAAAAGGACCACACGACAGACUCCUGGAGGAGUGGCCAGGACUUCGCCAUGGUGAUGGCCUUCGCGAAGAUGGCAUUCCUGGCGACAAUGCCUGGGUCAUUAAAGGCUGUGCUGGCGGACCAGAUCACCAAUCUGAUAUACAUAUCCACGCUUGCGAUCAACAAAGCUUUGAUCACGACCCUUGCUGCCAGCGUGAGCGAGGAGAUUAGUCGUGGCUGGCAAGUUCUGCUCGCCUACGCUCUGUGUCUCACGCUGCCGUUCCUGAUAGAGCAUUACCUAUCUUAUCGGCGGCAGUUCUGGCAAAUCGGUGGAGGUGCCCGGAAGUUGUUAUUGCACGGCUUGAUGGAAAAAUAUAUGUACUACCAAGAAUCGACCCGGGACCUCAUAGAUUUAAGUGAGUUCAAGCUGACUUUCUCGGAGGAUGCCUUUCAUUUGGUCGACAAAGGUUUCAUGCAGUUGUUUGCCCUGGUGGCGGACAUCAGCAGGAUCGUGAUGGUCUGCCUUUUCGUUGUCGUGCUCGCCUGCCUCGAGUACGCAAACUCUGGCGACACGUUUAUCUUCUUUGCUCUCGCCCCCAUGCUCGCAGUGCCGCCCGUGAUGGUCUUCUACGUUCGGAUGAGGUGGAAGCGUGCCGAAGAUGUGCGGGAGGACGUCUUGGACGCAAAGCUCAGCCUUCUUGACUUCAUGAAUACUAGCGUUGAGCACAUCUGCAUGAUCACCUCGUUUCUUGCGCGUCCGCUGGUCAUGGCACAGUGCAAUGACAGGAUCGAGGUGCUCAACCAGCAUCUCGUGAUCGAUGGAUCGAGGAACGCGAAUGACAUGGCGUUCUUCAGCUACGUAGAUAAAGUUCUGCAGUUUCUGAUCGUCUUCUUCGGCGGCCUCUCCGUGGUUUACUCGGGCGUCGAUCUGGGCACUUUCACGGCGGCCCUCAGUGCCUUCAUGGGGAGCUCCGCCCUGUACCGGAAAGUCUACACCUGCUUGAAGGACCUGGUGAUCGAAUCCUCCUACCCGUGCUGCUGGCACGUGGUCGAGUACAUGAACAACCCCACUGACUUGCCCCACAGGCAGGUGCUGGGGCACCGCGUCAUGGAGGAGUUCCAGGCCCGCCUCCGCGACCUCGCUGCGAGGGCCUGCCCAGGGCAGGGGCAGCCGGUGGACAUGGUGGACAUCACCGUCGAGAACGUCAAGUUCUGCUACUCCGGGGCGUCCUCGCCGAUCGACUGGGGCACCCAGGGCAUGUCCAUGAGGAUCGGCCAGGGGCAGCUUGUCGCCAUCACCGGCGCCCCCGUGUUCGGCUCCAAGACCCUGACGAGGCUUCUGGCCGGCGAGUUGCUGCCGACCGAGGGGCACGUCUUCGUGCCCCCCCACCUGCGCGUCCUGCGCGUCGCGAUCAGGCCGGUCCUCUGGGACGGGCCCCUGGCGAUGAACCUGUUCUGGGGGCUGAUGCCGCAGCAGGGGUACACGGGCCUGAUGCGCCUGGAGGGCUACCGGAAGCUGCCGGACGGGGAGAUCCAGCGCGGGCUCCAGAUCUGCAGGCGGCUGGACGUGCCUGAGCACCUGAUCCAGAAGAUCCAGGACGACGUCUGUGGUUCGCCCGGCGAUGCUGCGGCCGACGCCUCAGAGGCCAAGCAGAACAGCGAACUGCUCCUGGCGAGCAUCCCGGCCAGCGCGCGCUGCAAGAUCCAGUUGGCCUGCGCCCUGAUCUGCGACCCUGCGGUGCUGGUGCUUGACAGGCCCUUCCAGAGCCUCACCGUUGCCGACGCGUCCAGGGUGAUGGAGAGUGCCUGCGGGAGUACGUGGACAGGAAGGGCCUGGAGAGGGACGAGGCCCACCUGCGGGGGCGCCGGCCCCGCACCUGCAUCCUGACGAGCAACUCCUCGAUGCUGCUGGCCGGGGCGGACGAGGUCUUCAACGUCGGCGAGGACUCGACCAUACCAUCCAGGUGACGUCCAACACGGAGAAUCUGCUGGGGGAGGCGGGGAAGAUGAUCCAGAACGAGGAGGAGCACGUCGUGAGGUGCAAGUCUCUGAGCCGGCAGAAGUCCGCGACGUUGAUGCCUCGGUCGAACUCUAGGGCGGAGAUCGUUCUGCUCGACAGCCCACGACCGGAACCUGAGAGUGGGACACCGUGCGACGACGCACCGACGCUGGAUGACUCCCCGACCAUCUGAGCAGCGGGUGAAGAGGAGGUGGAGGCUGGGGGUUGUUGAUGGGGGGGCUUGGAGGAAGUGCUGGAGGCGUCAUUGGCAACGAUGCCCAGGCCGCACUCUUGCCUCCAAAAUGGCGGCAAGGAACCUCUACUGUAUGAUCAUGGCGCUCCGUCCAGUGCAAAGGAGCGUGCCACGGCGAUGGUAUAAGGGUGUGUGUGUGUGUGCUCGGCGCAAACGAUACACUCCCUCGCCAACGAUGGCUCACGUUCUUCAUUCGUGAAAAUCGAAGUUGAUCGAAGCGAUCGCCGCGUCUGUUGGCACCCUCCUUCCCUGCCUCCUCUUCCUUUCUCCUCCCCCCGUCCGCUAAUUCGAGAGCGCUGGAUGUUCGGUGGUGCUCUGGUCUGGCCUGCUAGUUCUUUUCAACUAUCUUGGCAGUGUCGUCGAGCGCGUCGUCCUCACCAGGCGGCGCGCAUCGGUGGGCUACCUUCCUGGGGCCACAGCUGAACUGAGGGGACGGUGCCUGGAAUGGUGGCUGGAUCGAAACAGAUGGCUACCCCGACGCAGCAGAACAUCUUAGCGCCCGGUGCGGUCAGUUGAAAUGGCUCGCUUCUAGACUCUGUCCGCGCUGUUGCUGUGCUAUGUUUGUCUUUCGCUGUGUCAUUGAAGCGCGUUUCCGUAUGUUUUCCGAUCGUCUGGCCUUUGUACCCUGUCCGCGACCCGCGCGAAUUUCUCGUCGGAUCAGCAUCUGUUUUCGCACGAGCUUGUAGUCUGAAUGUAGGGGGGAAUGUCAGGAUAAAUUGGCCCAGAAACAACAUUCAUUCCCCUUCGCCUUUCCUUAUAUAACCGGUGUUGGACUGGCUCGUCGGCGUGCCACCACGCCUCCGCGCGCACCUGCCGCAGGCUCCUGCACCCGCGGUGCCUGCCCGAGGCGACCCGUCGGAGGCCCCCGGGGGGCCUCGCCGCCUGGGGCCCGGGCCCCCCUCGCCCCGGCGGCUCUCCCGGGGCCCUCUGCAGCGGCCUCCGGGGGCCCCGCCCCGCGUGGGGGUGCCCCGCGGGGUCCUCCCCAGAGAUCCACCCAGACCCCCU